AUACGUCGACCUGAUUUUCUUAAAACUUUAGAUCACCCAAUUGGAUUAGAACUUGACAUUUAUUACCCGCAAUAUGGAUUUGCAACCGAAGUACAAGGAGAACAACACGAAAGAUAUAUAGAAUUCUUUCAUAAUGGUGAUCCCAAUAAUUUCGCUAAACAACAAGAGCGGGAUCAACUCAAGAAAGAAUUAUGCGAAGAGAAUUGGAUUGUUUUAAGAUACGUUUGGUAUUAUGAAGACCCAUAUAAAGUUAUUCCAGAGCAUCUACGAGAAUUGG